CGCUGAAUACAUGUCGAAGGUGAAUCGGCCCAACACAACGGUUGAACCUUCUGAACCAGAUUUGAGCCCGAACUCCUCCAUAACCCCCACCGACUCCAAUAACACCCCUCGUUCCAUUACUACGGGCCCCCUGUCCACAUCCAUACCGCCGGCCACUAAGCGUAAGAAUACAAAGUCGAGAAAUGGCUGUCUUACAUGUAAAAAGAAGCGAUUGAAAUGUGAUGAAACCAAGCCUUCAUGCUUGAAAUGCUUGAAGAAAAACAUCGCUUGCGGCGGGUAUGCCACCCGGUUCAAGUGGAGAAGCUUCAACGAUGAAUCAACUGCUCAUCCCCAUACAAGCCCAUCAACUCUUCGAAGGCAUCUUGAGUUGGCAUCCAUAUCUGUGACAGGCAAGUCGAUCAAAGACAUCAAGCGUGAAAACGAUUUGAUUGAAGAAGGUAUCAACCCUGCCACAUACAACAAACGCCGUCGACAACCCGAAACUACGUCCAAAUCCAACGCCAAGUUGUCUUUCAGUUCCAACUCAAGCAUUAAUCCCAACAUGAUCUCAGAAUUUCGCCGUCAGUACACCAAAACUGGCUCCGUGGGGUUGAACUCGCUUGCAGAAGCAGCCAUAGAUGAAAUCAACACCCGUUCGUCUGAUAUUUAUAGACCUCACCCUGGUUCCAUACCAACCAUGUCUCCCACGAUUUCCGACUUUCUCACGCCGGCUGCCAGGUCUCCUGAAGUCAUCACCAACAAAAGCCUAAAACCCCAUUUGAACCAGCAUCACCAUACACAAUUGACCAUGUCGAAUCCUUCUUUUCAGAACAUCCACCUCAGUCCUACGUUGUCGGCCUUGAUAAACUCUGCAUUUGGCCAUGACGAAGAUCUUAGGCAUAACUCUCUUUUUGACGAAGAAAUCAACCCUGGAGGUUCCAUCAAUGGCAUAUCUACUCCCUUGACCGUUAGUGUCAAGUCUACUCCUAUCUACAACGUUGGAUCCAACUCUUCGAUGCUUUUGACGGCCGAACAAGAGCAAAUUCUUGGAUUAUACUCCCAAUACACGGCUGAAAUCUUGUCCAUCAAGAAUGGUCCGAAUGAAAAUCCCUGGAGGAAGUUGAUUUUACCGUAUGCUCUUCAAUAUUCAUGUCUUUUCAACUCAAUUGCAUCCAUAACCUUGUUCCAUAUGGCUGGUAAUGAAGGAAUAGCUACCAAUAGAAACAACUUGAGAACAAGAGGGUACAUGUAUAUGAAAAGAUGCAUUUUGGAGCUUGCUAGUGGCUUAUCAGCAUCCACAGAUGGAACGGGUGAACCGAACCAACAGUUACCUGCCGAUAUUGCCAUUGCAAUAUGCUUAAAUUUGGCUGUCAGUGAGACUUGGGACAAGCAUACUUCAAGUGGAAUAGCUCAUUUGAAAGGUGCUAAAACCAUGAUCCAAAACGUGUUGGCACUCUUGAAAGAAAACCAAAAUGAAAUGUGCAAAAAGAGAAGAAAGAUACAUUCUAACGGCUCAACUCCUAAAGACACAGAGGAGUAUGGAGUCUUAGUGAACUCCAAACGAGACGAAUUGAAGAAAAGAUUAGUGCUUGUGGAAGAUUCUGAAUGGGAUAAGAUUUUGACUGGUGAAGAUGAGGUAGAAGAAGAUCAUGAAGAAGCCAAACCUGAUCUUUUGAAGAUUCCCAAGUCAACUCAAUUUUUGUUCAAUAUUUGGAUUUAUUUUGAAGUCUUGGCCCAAAUGACUACCGAGUCAGAUGAAAAGGGAAUCGACUUGGUGGCCUCUAUCACCACUAUUUUGCAGGAUUCCAAGAAGAAAGAAGGUAAGGGUUCCAAGUUUCUCGAAGACAAACUCGAUAGGUCACCUGAUGUCAAGUCCGAAUCUAGCGAACUGACGUUAGGAAAUGUGGACACUUUUGGUGGUAUUCAUAGAGGAUUCAAUAAUUUAUUCGACAAUUUCGAGAACAUUUCUUUGAAUUCCGAUUAUGUUGAUCCUCUUUUGGGAUGUGCUCAAUCAUUGUUUCUGAUUAUGGGGAAAGUUGCAUCGUUGAUUUCAAACAUUCGAAAGAUCAGGAAGAAAGAUAAGAAGCUUCCUGACAGGAAUACGUUAACAACCAUAACCAGAGCCACCCAGCUAAGACAAGACUUAUUGUCAUGGAAACCCACCAUUUCUGCAUCGAUGUUGGAACAAAUGAAUGCUGCAAAUAACGCCGAUAACACCAAAACUGACUUAUCCUCGUGCAUUGCCACUGCCGAAGCUUAUAGGUUUGCAACAUUAUUGUACCUUCAUCAGGCAGUUCCUGAAAUUCCAUCCUUAUCCUCUCAUCAGCUCGCCGAAAAGAUAUUCAUUCUUUUGGCAUCCAUUCCUACUACGUCUCCAACCUACACGGUCCAUAUUUUUCCUUUACUAGUGAGCUCUUGUGAAGCAGAGCUUGCUGAGGAAAGAGAGUGGUGUGAAGAAAGAUGGAGGAUUCUUUCUUCUAGACUUUGGAUUGGAAAUGUCGAUAGAGCAUUUGAAGUGGUUAAGGAGGUUUGGAAAAGAAAGGAUGAUUAUAUCAGGAAGAAACAGAUCAAUUCAUUAAGUAUAGAUGAUGUGUUUAUACCUCAUGGAACUGGAAAUGACAAUGAAAAGUUCAAAAACAUCUCUACCCAAUUGAGCGGAUUAAUGGCUGCAAUUAAUGAGCUGUGUCCAGUCGAUGAUAUAACCGGGGGGAUUUACAGUAAACUACACUGGAGUACCAUCAUGAAGGAAUGGGGAUGGGAGGUACUUCUCGGAUGAAUUCCACUGGUUUGAUUCCACUUUUUAUCAUAUUUAUAGCUGUGUAUAUAUUAGCUAGUGUUUGGAAAUCUCACAGCACACAAAAC